AUGGUGAGGAUACAUGAGGGAUCAUCAUCAUCAGUGGCAGGAUUGAAUCUUGAUCCUGUGGUAUCGUCUAGCAGUUUUGCACAAGAGGUAGAUGGGUUGGGGAAGGCGGGGGUGGCUCAUGCCCCUAAUCUAUCACGCCUAAGAAAGUUAAUCAAAUUGCACUCUUUACAAUUAGUUGUGGUUGUUGAGCCCAAGACGGGCUUGGAUAAUCGCACUGCCAUUAGACUACGGUUGGGGAUGGACUACUGCCUCUCUAAUCAGGAGGGUUCAGUUUGGGUGUUUUAUCAGUCUUUGUUUGCUUGUCAGUGUAUCGGGGAGUCGUCACAACAUCUGACUAUCCAGGUGCGCUCGCAUCUAUUUCCUACCCCUAUUCAUUUGUCUUGUAUUCAUGCCAAGUGUACGGAACACGAAAGGGAGAUUUUAUGGCAUGACUUAUUAAGUGAUAACCCGGGGUCAUAUCCGUGGUUCUUAGUGGGGGAUUUUAAUAUGAUCACAAAUGGAGAGGAGAAGAGGGGGGGCCUGCCAUUUAGACCUUUGGAGGGUGUGGAUUUCCUCAAUUUCAUGUCCGAAGCAGGAGUGGUGGAUGCAGGGUUCUCAGGGUCUAGGUAUACCUGGUGCAAUAAUCGUCCAGGUCCGGCUCGGAUUUGGAAACGCUUAGAUAGACUCCUUCUUAAUGGGACUGCAUUGGGGAUGCCCCACCAGGUCACGGUUCAACACUUGGGCAGGGAUCCAUCGGAUCACGCUCCGUUAUUGUUAUCCGUGGUAACGCGGCUGGAUAAUAAACCAAGGCCUUUUCGUUUCUUGAAUGUUUGGACCAUGCAUGAGGAUUUUUUAGGGGUGGUUCGUGAAUGCUGGGCACAGCCGGUGGGUGGGUCGCCUAUGCAAGUUUUGGCAUCAAAGUUGAGGGCCGUGAAGCAGGUACUGAGGCAAUGGUCUAAGCUUAAGUUUGGUGAUAUUUUUGAGACAGUUCGGGUCGCUGAGAGCGAGUUGGUGGAUGUAGAGACAAAGUAUGACUUGGACCCUUCGGAUGCAUUGCGAAACUCGAAGUUUUUCCAUUCAGUAGUGGCAGAAAGAAGACGGCGGUCAGUGAUUCAUCGAGUGAGGGGGUCAGACGGAGAGUGGCUCGACGAGGAGGCGCGAAUUGGUGAGGCGGCUGUUACUUUCUUCCAGGAGCUUUUCACGGCGGAGACAGUUCUCCCGGCAACUGGUUUAUUGGAAAACAUUCCGAGUUUAGUCUCUGCCCAAGACAACGUUAUUCUAACAGAGAUCCCGCGGCUCGAAGAGGUUAAGGACAUAGUGUUUGCCCUAGAUGAGGAGAGUACGGCGGGGCCGGAUGGGUUCACUGGGAAGUUCUUCACUUUUGCGUGGGAGGUGGUGGCCAUGGACGUGUAUCAGGCAGUGGUAAGCUUUUUCUGUGGGGCUGAAAUCCCUAGGAACUUCAUGGCAACAUCGAUUGUGCUGCUGCCUAAGGUGGAACAUCCUCAGGAUUUCACCCAAUUUAGGCCUAUUAGUCUCUGUAAUUUCGCUAAUAAGAUCAUUUCGAAGCUUCUUUCGGAGAGACUAGCUAAGAUUUUGCCCCGGCUCAUAUCCCCACAACAGAGUGGUUUUGUGAAAGGGAGGCAGAUUGCGGAUAACUUUUUACUUGCUCAGGAGUUGGUGUCAGACAUUACGAGGUCUAAUCGGGGUGGGAAUGUGGUGAUUAAGCUGGACAUGAUGAAGGCGUACGAUAGAGUUUCGUGGCCGUUUCUGCUACAGGUCCUUCGCCGCUUUGGGUUCUCUGAGACUUGGAUUGAUAUGAUUUGGCGUCUGGUCUCUAACGUCUGGUUCUCGGUUUUGGUCAACGGCGCACCUCAAGGAUUCUUUAAAUCAUCACGGGGCCUCCGGCAAGGGGAUCCCAUUUCACCGGCCUUAUUUGUCCUCGGCGCUGAGGUGCUAUCUCGCACCUUGAAUACGGUGGCCAGCCAGCGACAGUUUGUUCCUUUUAAGGUCCCUCCUCGGUGCCCUGUUAUAACGCACUUGGCGUACGCAGAUGAUGUUAUCAUUUUCUCCAGUGGUGCGCGGUCCUCGUUAAAUCUGAUUAAGAGGGUCCUGGAAGGGUUUCCGGCACCGAAGGCAGCAGUGAUUGGCCAGGUGCUAGGAUUUCAGAGGCGGCCGUUUCCGGUUAAGUACCUAGGUUGUCCUUUGUACGUGGGACGGAGGAAGAAGAUCUACUUUGCGGACGUCUACAAUGCGGUGGUGGCUCGGAUCUUAUCAUGGAAGCAUAAACUUUUAUCUGUGGGAGGUCGGGUGGUGCUAAUUCAGAGUGUGUUAGCCUCAAUGCCCGUUCACUUACUCACAGCCGCUUCUCCACCAAAGGGGGUCAUUGUGGCAUUGGAAAGGGUGUUCGCCGAUUUCCUGUGGGGGACGUCUGGCUUUGGGACUAGGUUUCACUGGAUUCGGUGGGAGGCAUUGUGUAGGCCGCGAGAGGAGGGAGGGAUUGGCUUGCGUGGGCUGAAAGAUGUGCACGACUCGUUCUCGGUUAAGCUUUGGUGGAAUUUCAGGCAACAGGCGUCACUCUGGGCAGAGUUCAUGGCAGGGAAAUAUUGCGCGGGUUUGCAUCCUUGCCUGGCAGAAGCAAGCCAGCGGGGAUCCCUCACAUGGAAGAGAAUAAGUUCAGUACAGCAGGUGGCGGAGGACAGCAUCAGUUGGGUUGUUAAUGCGGGUUUGAUGGACUUCUGGCAUGAUAAUUGGUUGGGGACUGGUGCGUUAUGUCAGAAGGUGGAGAUCUUCCAUGACCACCUGGUUGCUGAUUUUGUUGACUGCGGGGCUUGGAACAUUGUCAUGCUUAAUCAGUAUUUGGAUGCAGGUUCGGUGGCGAACGUCCUUGCUAUGGACCCACCGACAUUUCAGGAUCCUGAUAGAAUGGUUUGGGCUUUGACUCCAUCUGGCAGUUUCUCCACGGAAUCAGCUUAUUCCCUCGUCCGGCAAGGUGGUCACCGAUCGUGGAGUGCGGCAGCCAUCUGGCACCAGUGUAUUCCACUAAAAAUCUCUUUCUUCAUGCUGAGGCUGAUGCAACACAGGCUCCCUACCAUGGACAGACUAAGGGGGGCUGGGGUUCAGGGCCCUUCUCGCUGCUGGUGUUGUCUAGAACCCAGGGUGGAGGACUUAGAUCACAUUUUUUGUGCUGGAGAGGGGGCAAAACGAGUCUGGCGUCAUUUCGAGAUGCGGCCGGGGGAAAUGGGGCCGAUAUAUACGGCGCGGCAUAUGAUUUGGCUUUGGUGGAUUCGGAGCGGAAAUACGGAAGUCUUGAAAUGUUUAUAUAGGAUCCUCCCCGCGGUGGUUUGCUGGGAAUUAUGGAGAGCGCUGAAUAGGGGUGUGUUUGAAGGACAACGACUGAAGAUUAGGGCAACUGUGACUCGGAUCGUUCAGUUACUGGGCGAGCUCUUGCGGACCCGUUUUCCAUGGGUGCGGUUUACAUCCUCGUAG